AUGUCUCCAGAAGACCGCACAACGAUUACGUGUACGCCUUGCGAAUACCGGUCGAAAAAUCGCAAGCGCGUUCCAGUAUCCUACGAGUACGUCGCGAGCUUAGAGUCGCGAAUCUCAUGGCUUGAGACCUUCCGGGAAGAAAUGCUCAACUCCACGGCGGCGGCAAUGGAGGGGAAAGAUCAUUCUACUCCUAGUAGUUUUAAGCAUGCCCAAGAAGAGACCCAAGAAGAGACACGGAUGGAUGAAGCAGAUCGAGUCUCGUCAUCGGCAUCUAUAUCAGGCGACUACAUAUCCCACCUCGGCAUCCACGCCCGCUCAAGCGCAAACCUCGAGCUAGGGCUCGAAGGCUCCCUCAUCUACCACGGCGUAACCUCCAUAUUCCGCGCCGACCUCCCUUAUUCCUCCUUCAAAGACCCCCCGGACUCUUCCGCUGCCACUACUACCGCUCUCCUCCGAGGCGGCGGCAUCGAAUCAAACUUCGAAUCCGUAAUGCGACAUUCUGGCAUCGACGGCCCAUCUUCCCCCACCGUACUACAAUCCCUAAUCCAGUUCUUCCGCUGGAAAUAUCUGCAUUUCAUGUUCAUAUACCGAGAGGCCUUCCUCCGUGACCAUUUCAGCAAGGACGGUGGUGAUGAUGAUGAACUUAGCAGGAAACCCAGAAAGUACUGGUCCCCCGCGCUCCUACUCUCGAUAUGCGCUCUCGGGGCGCUGGUAAACCUCCAAAGAAAGGCUACGAGCGAGCGCUUCUUUCUUACGGCCAAGAGCAUCAUCAUGGUGACAGGCCUCACGAAACCAAGCGUCGCUACAGUGAAAGCGUUUCUGUGUCUUGCGCUCUACGAGAUUGGGGGGGGGGCUGACCGGACGUCCCUCCUAGGAAUCGCCUUUCACAUGGCUCAAGACCUUGCCCUCCAACGGGAUCUCAAAGGUUGGGUCCGCCACGACUCCUCCAUUGCAACGCCCGAAGACGUCGAAAUUCGGAGGAGGAUCUACUGGGAUUGUUACAUAUCCGACAAGCUCUUCAGUCUGAUCAUCGGCCAGCCCGUGCACCUAGUCUACGACGACGCCGAAGUCCAGCCCAUGGAGACGCUGCCCCUCAGAGAACCCCCCCAAAUGAACCUCUGGCGCCCCAUAGGCUUCGACGAAGAAUAUAGAGAAUCAGCAAAAGCAAGCUUCAUGAUCCCCUACCUCCACGAACAGAUCCGCCUUUCGCGAAUCAUUGAGAGAAUAAUGUCGACGUUAUUAUCCCCGCGCUCCAAUCUAGACGACCUCAGACGGGGAUGGCACAAAUGGGGCGGAUCGUCGUCAAAGACCAUCCUGGGAGUGUUGGCAUUGCAGUACGUCGAUCUUCCGCGAUGUGUGACCAUUGUUCGCAUCGCCUUGAACUAUGACCAGGCCAUUGCAUCCCGGGGAUGCGACGCGGACGAGAAGCCACAGUCGUAUUGCGUCACAUCUGCGCAACACAUCACUUCCCUGGUGCACACCUACCGAAGUCACUACGGGCUUCAACACGCAACGCUCGUGUUUGUAUACGGUGCUGUUCAGGGGAGUCACUCGGCCAAGACAUUUAGCAUCACAGAAGAAAGCCAGUAUCUGAUCCAGAUGCUGGGAGAACUAUCAUCGGCUUGGAGCCUGUCAAGAGAAGUCAUGGCCAAAGUAUUGGACUGCUAA